AUGGUGCUUUCCUCGCCCAAGCGCCGCAAAGACAGCCGCGACAGCCGAGGCGACAGCCGCCCUCGCAGCCCUCGGCGAAGCAAUCGCCGCCGCGAUGACAGCUUUGACAGCCGCGACAGCCGCGCCCGGCUGGGCCAAGACAUGGCAGCUGCAAGAGGCCGAAAUGGCUCGGAGCAGCAGUGUACUGACCGGCCGACGGAAGCCGCAGGGCAGACGGCGCUGCCCCAGACGGAGGCUGCAGGGAGCUCCGAAGGGCCUGGCGAAGGCGUCGAGGCGACAAGCACGGCGACUGCGAAUGGCGCUCCCUUGCCGGCUGAUGCCGGGGAGCCAAAGCCACAGCGCAAGCGGAGGCUCUUCGACAUGCCGCCGGAGGAGGUGCCGCCAACCGAGCCGGUGGGACUGCCCGCUGAGUGGCUUCCCGCCGUGGUCACGCCAGGCCCUUGCUGCGAGCUCGAUCCGCUUCUGGAUGCGGCCGCCUCCCUUCGGAGGAGCUCUGUGGCAGAGGUGAUGGUCUUCUGCCUGGAGCAUGCAGCCCAGGCCUCGAGCCUAGCGCCGCAUCUGGUCUCCAGGUGUCUGCAGGCCCGUGGCCCCCUUGGCCCCCACGACACGGCGUGCCUUUUCUGCGUGUCCGAUGUCUUGCACAACACGGCCUAUGCGCAUCGGUGUCCUGGGGCCAAUGCGUACCGUGCCGCUUUCGAGGAUCUUCUGCCCCGUGUCUUCCAUCGCUUCUACCUGGGCCUCCUGGCGCUGCCGCGCGCGGCGAGGAGUCUGGAGGAAGCUCGCAUCAAGAAGCUGCUCCAGGCUUGGCGUGAUGCGGAGUUCUACCCCACCAUCUACCUGGAUGGUCUCGAGGCCGCCGCCUUUGCGGGUGCUCUGGGAACUGACUUGGCGAUGGAGCCGCAAAGCAAGGAGCUGCGAAUGAAACUGGAGGCCUACGCGUCACUGGAUCCCUUGGCACUGGAGCGACGUUGUAGAAACAGAGGCCUUUGGACACACAGCGGAACCGACCAACUUCCACCUUCGAAGUCGACAUUGCUGCAAAGACUGCGGUGCUUUGAAGUCUAUUGGUCUGCCAGAGCUUUGGAUCCGAGCAGAGCCCAGACGACCGACGUAUCGGAGCGCGAGCCGACGAAGGAGGUGAUGGACGACAUAGACGGCACGCCUAUCCAGACUCCGCUUUUUGGGGUGCUCAGGAACCAGCCAGCAUCUGUGGGUGGUGCGCUUUUUGCAGCGAUGACUCCCUGGUCCUGCGCGGAAGGGGCCCUGCCCGAGCCAGCUCCCAUCAGCGAGAGCCCAGCACCGUUUCAAGGCAGCGCUGAUGAUGACCUGGAUGGCGAGCCCAUCGGUGUGCUGGAGCUCCAGCAGUGGAGGGCCUCCCGCGCUGCUACGCCCGCCACCCCUGCCCCGCCUGUGCCGGAACCAGUCCCCUCGCUGCCACCGCCGCCGCCCCUUCCCCGACGGGUCCUGGAGGAGGGCGGGGCACCGAACCUGGGAUUUGAUGACGCAGCCAUCGAUGCCUUGCUGUCUGCAUCGAAGGCGGCGGUUGUGCCAGCCACACAGCCGCCGGCGCCCCCGCUGCCUCGGCGAGCGCGACCCGAAAUGACGGCUUCUUGGUGGCAGCAGCCAAGGUGCCGGAGGAGCACAGAGGUCGGCGCACGGAGGAACAGGCCCGUGAACCCUCGCCGCUAG